CUAGUUUGUUGUGAUUCUUGUGAAUUCUGAUCCACAAAUACUCCACGGAGAUCAUGGAGUUUGAGAUGAUCAAGAGAGAAACCCUAAAACCAUCCUCUCCAACCCCUCAAUAUCUUAGAAACUUCAAGCUUUCCCUUUUGAAUCAACUUAGUCCUGCUGCUUAUGAAUCCUUGGUCCUCUUUUACCCCAGAAAUGACAGUACAACCCCCCAAAGCUCCCUCCGGAUCCUCAAGAAAUCGCUGUCCGAAACCCUAGUUCGCUUCUACCCGCUUGCCGGAAGAAUGAAAGAUAACAUCUCCGUUGAUUGCAAUGAUUAUGGAGUUGACUAUGUUGAAGCUAAAGUCAAUGGUCUGCUCUCUACGUUCCUAUCACAACCUGAUGCUGGGACAUUGAGACAGCUCCUUCCAGUAGCGACCGAGUCCCCUGAAGCUAGCAAGGGAGCUCUGCUUCUAGUUCAGGCCAACGUUUUCGGUUGCGGUGGAUUGGCAAUUGGUAUGCGUAUGUCACAUAAGUUGGCUGAUGCAGCCUCAUUGAGCACAUUCAUUAUGUCCUGGUCAGCAACUGCUCUUGGAUUCAGUCAAGCUCUCCUUCCAGAUUUCACUGCAUCAUUUCGAUUUCCACCAAUCGAUUAUUCCUCAUCAUUCCACCAGUCCUCACCAGUAGAUGCAAAGAGAGAGAAUUGUGUCGCAAAGAGGUUUGUGUUCAAUGCAUCGAAGAUUUCUGCUCUUAGGACUAAAGCAGCCAGUACGAUCGUGGAUCAACCUACGCAGGCCGAAGCUGUCACGGCCCUCAUUUGGAGAUGUGCGGUUGCUGCGUCAAGAUCAUCAAACUCGCUGCAGCCGCCUCCUAAGCUAUCUGUGUUGUCUCAAUCCGUGGAUAUUCGCAAAAGUGUCGUGCCCCCCCUGUCAGAUGACUCCAUAGGAAACCUCAUGGGAUACUAUGCGGCACAGACAGACGAGAAUGAGUUGGAGCUGCAAGGCUUGGUAGCUCAGCUAAGGAAAGGAAUCGAAGAAUUGAGCAACAAUUACGCUAAAGGACCUGGAAAGGAUCAGGCGAUUCGCGAGUCUGUCACAGAGGUACAUAAUAACUUUGUCAAAAGAGAUGAUACUAUAAAUUUCUAUGUGGGAACAGAUUUGGGUAAUUAUAAGUUACUGUACGAGGUAAAUUUUGGGUGGGGAAAGCCAAUCUGGCUGAGUAAUGUCCCUGCUGCUUCAAGCACUAAUGUUGCCUAUUUGGUGAGCACAAGAAAGGAUGAUGGCAUAGAGGCUUGGGUGACUUUGAGUGAGGAAGACAUGGCUGCUUUUGAAAGGAAUCAGGAGCUUCUUGCUUUUGCAUUAAUGAAUCCAAGUGUAUUAUUACAACAUGAUAACUUAGCACUCAAGUCUGCUCUUUAAAAAUUUCCAGAAGUGUUGUUUGUUUUUAAGAAUACUUUCCCACAACUUUCUAAGGCUAUGUUCAUAGUUUGGAGUUAUUGUCGGAAAAUGAAUGGAAUUAUGUGGAUGGACUAUGAAUUUAAAUCAAAAUAAAUUUGGAUGA